UGUACAUAAACACAUUUCUGUGAAGGCAAGUCCCAGAGCAUGUAGGGCUGUGACGUCGAGUCCUCUGAUUGGGCAACCGUACUGCUGUGCCUGACCAAUGAACGACCAGAUGAUCGCUAUAUAAGCCGGGCUCUUCCAGCGGCGAGUUAUUCUGCUCUUUGCUUCUCGCAAUUCGCAAACUGUAUUUCAGGGAACUAUUUGGAAAAUGUCUGGACGAGGGAAAACCGGUGGCAAAGCCAGAGCAAAGGCCAAGACCCGCUCAUCCCGUGCUGGACUCCAGUUCCCAGUCGGCCGUGUCCACAGGCUCCUGAGGAAGGGGAACUACGCUCAGCGUGUUGGUGCCGGAGCUCCCGUCUACCUGGCGGCCGUGCUCGAGUACCUGACCGCUGAGAUCCUGGAGCUGGCUGGAAACGCCGCCCGCGACAACAAGAAGACCAGGAUCAUCCCCCGCCAUCUGCAGCUGGCCGUCCGUAACGACGAGGAGCUUAACAAGCUGCUCGGCGGUGUGACUAUCGCUCAGGGAGGUGUGCUGCCCAACAUCCAGGCCGUCCUGCUGCCCAAGAAGACCGAGAAAGCCGUGAAGAGCAAGUAAAGCUCCGUACUGCUCCUCAACCAACCCAAAGGCUCUUUUAAGAGCCACCCACUCCAUCCGAAAGAGUGAAUUCCUCCUCAAAGUUCAAACUAUUCUGUUACACCAUGUUUACCAUACACUCAGAUGCUAACAUUUAAUAUAAUCACAAUUGACGCCAAGUGUGUCCUACUAGAAUCACAGAUGUGUAGUCAAACUACCCUAAUGGCUUUUUCUUCUUUUACUAACUACCUUCUUCAUCCUAAAGAGGACAAUAGUCAUUUUGGUGUUGCUCCUUUACAGCUCAUAGGAAAGAGCAAAACUCAUUAAGUACAUGUACCAUAUUCAAUAGUUGUCUUGUAUAUCAGCUCAAGAAAUGAAGUGGUUUAUAGCAAGUAAAUUGCAUAUACUGAUCAUUAAAAUGGGGACAUGUGUGCCAUGCACUUUGUUUUUAAUGUUUGUGUUAUAUUUUAUUGUUUCUGUUAAAAUAAACUUGCUUUUCUCAACAGCCUUUUUGCUCGGUCUCUAUUGUCACAGUUGACGAGCUGGGCUGUGACACAAUAGAUAAUAAGAUGGAAAGUGUAGGAUGGAAGGUUAAAAUCCACUGAAUAAAAGUUAAAAUAAUAAAGGCAGUGCCCAUACUUAUAUGCUUAUGACUCAUUUUAUAAGUAACAGAUACUAUACAUGGCUUUGAACAACUGACAUAAUACUGAUAUAUUCUGUUUUUAUUCUAUUCUCAUUUUAAUUUUUGUACUUUUCUCUGUUGCUGCAACAA